AUGGCAUGUGCGCCAAUUAGAUGUUCAAAAUGCUUUCUUGCAUGGCUAUCUUGCCGAGGAAGUAUACUUGUGUCAACUGUAGCUUCGUACUUCCUUUUCCAUGAAAGAUUUGGGACGACUACACUAUUUUUUGGGCAUAGAAGUGGUGAUUCCAUGUACUUAACUCAAUCUAAGUAUGCAUUGGAUUUGUUGUCUCAUACAAAGUUCACUGAUGCCAAGCCGAUUUCUACACCUACACCGACAGGUCAUAAGCUCAAUUCCGGAACCUAUAGAAGAGUUGUAGGUGCUCUGCAAUACCUCACCAUCACCAGGCCUGAUCUUGCAUAUCUUGUAAACCAGGUCUGUCAAUUCAUGCAGCAUCCUUCUUCCACUCACUGGUACACUGUGAAGAGGAUUCUGUGUUACUUGAAGAGUACAUAUGAUCAUGGAUUGGUUUAUCGUCAUGGUGACUUGCAACUUAAUGCCUUUUCUGAUGCGAAUUAUUCCAACAAUCCAGAUUCGCGACACUCAACUGGUGGUUUCUGCAUUUAUUUGGGCAAGAAUAUAAUCUCGUGGAGUUCUAAAAAGCAAAAAAAUUGUGUCUCAAUCGAGCAUAGAGGCUGA